GUGAUGUCAGCAGUCUUAGGAUGCAGCUGCAGAUUGUAUUGCGUUGUUUAUUACUGAGCAUCACCCACGGCUGCUAGGGGUCUAACAAACGGGCAUGCGUUUAUAAAUAUCACCAACCAUACUAAAAUCACCUCACCUAAAAUGCAAAGGUUUCUAGUAUUUCGGUUUUUACUAUUCUGCAUUCCAGUGCCUUGGAAGGAGCAGAGACUGGUGAACGCGGGACUCAAGACAGUGAUAGCAGUGUGAGGGAGCAUAUUAAGCGGAGGUUAAGUUCAGUUUCUUGGUAAUGCACUAACACAACAUUCAACGAAACGUGCAUAAAUCUGAACGGAUGAGAUGAGCUGAAAAUAGGACGCCGCUUAUUGUAACUAGGGUGCUCUAAAAAGGGAUUUAUGUGCUAAGGUCUGUCUGUUUAGUUCCUACCACAAUGGACAAGUUAUCCCCUUCCAUGCGUAUAAGACUGUACAGCUUGCCCCAACAGAUGGGACAAAAAGCCUCAAUCAUGGGCGAGGAGGAAGACAGCAACAAGGACACCCGGAGGAAAAACAUCAGGAUGAAACCCUUGCCUUCCCAGUCCUCAGUGGGCAGUAAGGGGAUGGGGGAGAGCAAAACCGGUGAUUCUGUGAUCAUGGAGACCGACGUCGGGAGAUCUGUCAAGACAAGCUACAACGGCGACUGUAGGCGAUUCAAAGGGAGUCUCUCGUCCAUCAGCAGCCGGCAACAGCACUACUCGGCGGAAGAGAAGAGGCUCAUCUCAGAUGGUGAUGCCACUCCGUGCGAGGAGACUGACCCGGCAGGUGCAAUGGGCUGCUUGGCGGCGGAGCAGGGCGCACAGGGCAGCAGCGGCAGCUCCAAGCAGCAGCAGCCUGCAGCCUCGGACCAGCAAGCGGGCUUUGUAAAGUUGGAUGCGAUGGACCAAAUACUUCCGGACGACGAGCAAAUUUUGUACCAGGCGGGUUUCAUUCACAGGCAGUUGGGACCCAUGCUUCAGCCAGGAGUCAAUAAAUUCUCUUUAAGGGUGUUUGGCAGUCAGAAGGCGGUGGAAAGGGAACAAGAGAGAGUAAAGUCCGCCGGCUUUUGGAUAAUUCACCCAUACAGCGACUUCAGGUUCUACUGGGAUCUGACCAUGCUUCUCCUGAUGGUAGCGAACCUGAUCAUCAUCCCAGUGGGCAUCACCUUUUUCAAAGACGAGCACACGCCGCCCUGGAUCGUCUUCAACGUGGUCUCGGACACCUUCUUCCUCAUCGACCUGGUGCUCAACUUCCGCACCGGCAUUGUGGUGGAGGACAACACGGAGAUCAUCCUGGACCCACAGCGCAUCAAGGUGAAGUACCUGCGCAGCUGGUUCAUGGUGGAUUUCAUCUCCUCCAUUCCUGUGGAUUACAUAUUCCUCAUCGUGGAGACACGCAUUGACUCUGAUUUCUACAAGACCGCCCGGGCACUCCGCAUAGUCCGCUUCACCAAGAUACUCAGCCUUCUGCGUCUGCUGCGGCUAUCCCGGCUCAUUCGCUACAUCCACCAGUGGGAAGAGAACCACCACAUCUCAAACCACCACAGAUUAUAUCACAGCUGUCUGGACCUGCCUGUCUGGAACCACCACAUCUCAAACCACCACAGAUUCUAUCACAGCUGUCUGGACCUGCCUGUCUGGAACCACCACAUCUCAAACCACCACAGAUUCUAUCACAGCUGUCUGGAGCUGCCUGGCAGGAACCACCACAUCUCAAACCACCCCAGAUUCUAUCACAGCUGUCUGGACCUGCCUGGCAGGAACCACCACAUCUCAAACCACCACAGAUUCUCUCACAGCUGUCUGGACCUGCCUGGCAGGAACCACCACAUCUCAAACCACCCCAGAUUCUAUCACAGCUGUCUGGACCUGCCUGGCUAG